AUGACAAGAAACCUUGUCGUUUUCGGUACCUCUUCGCACCCGAUACUCACCAGCGCAAUCUGCGACCGCUUGGGUAUCGCAGAAGGAAAUGCCCAGCUUGGGAAGUUCAGUAACGGAGAAACCUCUGUCCAGAUCUUCGACUCGGUUCGAGAGAAGGAUGUGUACAUCAUCUCGCCUGGAUCUGGGCACGUCAACAAUAACUUGAUGGAGUUGUUGAUCAUGAUCUCGGCGUGUAAGACUGCGAGUGCGAAGAAGGUUACAGCUAUCCUCCCUGUCUUCCCAUACUCCCGGCAACCGGAUUCUACGCAUAGGAAGACCGGGGCACCAUUGUUGCAGCGGACUGUGAAGGAGAUUGAGAAGAGUGCCGGUACUUAUACGUUUGAGUCGAGACCUGGGACGCCUGCGCCGACGGAGAAGAAGGGUUUCAACUUGGGUGAUGUGAAGGAUAAGGAGUUGAUGCCCCCUCCGAGCUAUAAUGGUGGAGGACGGCCACCGGUUGAAGAAGUUAUGAAGAAAACGAGUGGGUAUAAGGAUUGGAUCGCCCAAGCUGGUACGCUGGUCGCGGAUCUCCUCACCUGUGCCGGCGCGGAUCAUAUCAUCACCAUGGACCUCCACGAUCCCCAGUUCCAGGGAUUCUUCGAUAUCCCCGUCGACAAUUUGUACGGAAGGCCAUUGUUGCAGAGGUAUAUUGUCAGCCAGAUCCCGAAUUAUCAGGAUGCGGUGAUUGUCUCGCCUGAUGCUGGAGGCGCGAAGAGAGCGACUGCGAUUGCGGAUUCGCUACAGAUGGAUUUCGCACUUAUUCACAAAGAGCGGAGACCUAACCGGCCGAAGAUUGGAGAUAGGGAGGUUGCUAGUAUGAUGCUCGUCGGGGACGUCGAAGGCAAGGUUGCGAUCCUCAUCGAUGACUUGCUCGAUACUGGCAACACCAUCACCCGCGCUGCUAAAGUCGUAAAAGACCACGGUGCGACAGCCGUCUACGCACUCACAACCCACGGCAUCUUCUCCGGCGAUGCGAUCCAGAGAAUCAAUGCGAGUGCGUUGGAUCAUAUCAUAACGACGAAUACUACGCCGCAGGAGGAGAAUUUGAGGUUGUGUUCGAAGUUGGAUAUCAUUGAUGUUGCGCCGGUUUUCGCUGAGGCGGUGAGGAGAAUUCAUAAUGGAGAGUCGGUGAGUAUGUUGUUUGAUUAUGGCAUGUAA